AUGACCCCAAAACUUAAAAACCCAGAGCUCUUGAGAACGAAGCCGUUCAUAAACGGCGAAUGGGUGGAGCUGAAGUCAACAAAAACAUUUGAUGUCAUCGACCCGGCUACUGAAGAGGUAAUAGCCACUAUCUCCGACCAGACCCCAGAGGAGAUUGACGAGGCAAUCCAAAUUACCAAAAUCGCCUUUGACAGUUACAAAAACACCCCAGUUGCUGAUCGGUCGCGGUGGUUGCGCAACUGGUACAAUUUGAUGCUAGAAAACUUGGAUGACCUAGCCACUCUCGUCACUUGGGAAAAUGGAAAAUGCUUCACCGACGCAAUUGGCGAAAUCAGGUACGCUGCUUCGUACUUUGAGUGGUUUUCCGAGGAGGCUAAGCGUAACUAUGGACAUACUAUCCAGCCUGCCAAUCACAACAACAAGAUCAUAACCUACAAGCAGCCGGUUGGGCCGGUUGGGCUUUUGUGCCCUUUUAACUUCCCGGCUGCUAUGGGCGCAAGAAAAGCUGCACCAGCAUUAGCAGCAGGGUGCACGUGCAUCAUGAAGCCAGAUGCUCAGACACCAUUGACGGCUUUGGCAAUGGCUUAUUUAGCGGAAAAGGCAGGGUUCCCAAAGGGUGUGUUCAAUGUGGUGUUGAGCUCAGUUGAGUCUACGCCAGCGUGCGGGUUGAAGUUUUGUGAGUCUCCCUUGAUCAAGAAAGUGUCUUUCACGGGCUCAACGCCUGUAGGCAAGCUUUUGAUGAAGCAGCUGUCGUCUACGCUCAAGAAAUUAUCUAUGGAACUUGGCGGGAACGCGCCGAUUCUCGUGUUUGACGAUGCUAAACUUGAUCAGGCGGUGGAGCAGUCGAUUGCCUCGAAGUUCCGCUCCUUGGGCCAGACAUGCGUGUGUGCCAAUAGAAUUUACGUUCAGGCUGGUGUCUACGAUGAGUUUUGCAAGCGUUUUGCAGAAAAAGUCAAGGGCUUCAAGAUUGGGAAUGGCUUCGACGAAGGCGUGACGCACGGCUGUCUCAUCAACGCCAGGGCUAUCGAUAAAGUAGAGGAGCAUGUUCGCGACGCUGUUGGCAAGGGUGCCAAAGUUAUAGUGGAAGGCGGUCGACUUACCCAUCUUGGCAAGCACUUCUACGCGCCGUACGUGAUCGGAAAUGUGAGCCCAGAGAUGAAGUGUUCGGUGGAGGAGACAUUUGGCCCAUUGGCAGCCAUUGCCAAGUUUGAAAACCAGCAAGAAGUUUUGCAGCAGUGUAACGAUACCGCAUUUGGCCUUGCAGCGUACGUCUUCCUGGAGAAUCUCAACACGGUGUGGCAGGUUUCCGAGCAGCUUGAAACCGGCAUGGUGAGUGUGAACAGUGGGAUGUUUACUGAUGCAGCGUUGCCAUUUGGCGGAGUGAAGGAGUCUGGUUUUGGCCGUGAGGGAUCACUUUAUGGAAUGGACGACUACACGGUGGUGAAAUCCAUAUCGCUUGGUAAUGUCUACGGCAGCAGUUAG